CGUCUACUGGCUGCUCUGGAACAGAAUGGUCUGGCAUCCAAAACCAUGAGGUUAGAGUGACCCAAAUCCAACAGGGAUACCUCCUUCAGGGGAGCUACAGUCUUCAGUCCAAGGUUCAUCUUGGUGUCUACUAAUGUGGCAACGCUGGAAUGAACCAUCUUGAAAGCAAUUCCUGUGACCCGCAGUGACACCAGCUGGGCCAUGAACAUGCAGCAGAGCUUGCAGUGAGUGACACACAAAGCCCAGCGCCCGGGCCCCGCCCCCAGGAGGCCCCGCCCCCGAGGAAACGGAUGUGGGCUUCCGGAAGCCGGAAGCGGGCGAGCACUGUGGACCCGGAGUCGCUCGGAGCUGAGGCUAAGAGGCGGGCGGAGCCGGCGAUGGCGGAGAAGUUUGACCAUCUGGAGGAGCACCUGGAGAAGUUCGUGGAGAACAUUCGGCAGCUCGGCAUCAUCGUCAGCGACUUCCAGCCCAGCAGCCAGGCGGGGCUGAGCCAGAAGCUAAACUUUAUUGUUACGGGCUUACAGGACAUAGAUAAAUGCAGACAGCAGCUGCACGAUAUCACGGUGCCUCUGGAAGUUUUUGAAUACAUUGAUCAAGGUCGGAAUCCCCAGCUCUACACCAAAGAAUGCCUGGAGAGGGCUCUAGCUAAAAACGAGCAAGUCAAGGGCAAGAUCGACACAAUGAAGGUGAGGCAGACAGGAAGUGAUGUCUGCACACGGACAAGGGAGCUCCUAGCAAGCCUGCGGACAGGCUUAGCACCCACUCUGUGGACUGCUGAGUACUGCUACACUGUGGGCUUUCUAGCAUGUAUAAUAGUUACAUUGAAUGUCACUGAGCCAUAGUCCUGUGGAAAACAACACAAACUGACAGUGUGACAGUGAGGAGAGGCUGAGUUUAUCUGGCAAUGUCCCCGCCAGCCGUGGUUUCACUGUGGCUUUCCUGUCUGACUUCCCUUGGGUGACAGCUGACAUCAGUGUGCCUGUUGUGAUUCUGUGUAGACCCUGACUGGAGGCCUUUCUGGUGCUAAAGGUGCUGCAGUUGGAGGGCUCUGGAUGGUGUAUGUUCUAGUCUCUCACGUCUGAGCCCUGGGCUCCUCCUCAGCGUUCUUUACACUGUGACACGGCACACAGAGAACUUGGCUGCUCUAGGGAGCUGUGUCUUGACAUGGACUACAGUUUUCUCACUGAGGUCACUGACGGUGCUUGCUUUUCAGAUGGGUGCUCUGUGUGUGGUUACAGGGACAGCACUGUGUGCCCUUGUUUCCUGGCUCCCCGUUAGCCACCAGGCCCUGUUUUGGGUUGUUCUCCUCGGCCUGGAAUUCAUGUUCCUUUUGCACAGUGAGCCUCCUCCUCAGCUCAGCCAGCUUUGCUUCCUGUGACAGCUCAGCCUGGCCUUCCUCAACAAGAGUUCCUUGUGCAGGGUGCUGGUUGGGGUGUCCGUAACUUUCUCUCCACCCACUGUCCACUGCCCUGCCAGCCUCACUCCAGCAUUGCUUGCUCUACCUGUGCUGCUCGCCACUUGCCUGAUGCCAGCCUGGCCUACACGUGCUGGGUGUGUCUGCUGUGUGCAGGCAGCCCAGAGAGCCUGCAGCUGGAGUGAGCAAGGGGCUCUGUCAGAUCAUGUGCUGCAGAGUGGGGUUGGUCAGGAUAACCCUGAGCCCCUGCAUCAUUUCCCCUGUCAGCUUGGACUGAGGAAUUCCUGGAUGUCCAGCAGAAAUACCCUUUGGAUUGUGACUGGCCCCUGGGGCUUCGGUCCUACCUGUAUCUCAGACUCAUUGCCUUGGGCCGUGCUGGAGUGCAUUACCCAUUGAUGGUGCUCAUGUGGUUAAUUUUCCCUGAGCACUUGCCGCUCUUGCUGCCAUUUCUCACCUGAGACCCGUGACAGUCUCAAGGCACACUUCUGAGGCCUGCAUGCCCCCAUUGGGCACCAGUUAAAGUUUUUCAGUUGUUGCAGUGGGAUUGCAUGUGUCUUUGUGACACUGGCUCUGUGACCCUGAGAGUAGAGACUUUUUUUGACUGGAUAAAACCACUGUGAGGGAUAGGUGGCUGGAAAAGUGGAUAAUGCCUCUCCAGGGCUAGAGAAAACUUGGGAGAUGUUUGCACUUGUGACCUGUGUAAUUCCGGUGAGUAAUUGCUUCAGUGAGCGCUAAGAUUCUGGGGUGUGUGCUGCCUGCAGACGGCCUCUCCACUGCAGUGGGAGCACCUGGUUGGAGGUGCUCAGUCGGGUGUUUCCUUCUUAAGCCAAAAGGAAGGAAUUGUUUUAAAGAUACAGUCCCCUUUCAGAGAGGUGACGUCCCUUUAACAAGUUAAUUGGAGACAUUGAGUAGUUGACUCUGGGUGUUAACUUGUGGAAGAUAAGUGACCUGGUUCCAUCCCUUUGGGUGGCUGUCUCGGUUGGAUUCUGGGUUCCUUGGAUGGGGUGUGUUGUGUAUAACUUGGAUUUUUUUUGACACAGCUAUUUUUGUUUUUAGAAAUUUAAAAGCCUACUGAUUCAGGAACUUUCUAAAGUGUUUCCAGAAGACAUGGCCAAGUAUCGGAGCAUUCGGGGGGAAGAUCACCCACCGUCCUAAGUGAAGAUCCCAUACCCUUGUAAUAACCAGACUGAGCCAGUGAGAAGCUGUGCCUGCCACUGCUGCCUUCCAGCCACAUGAACUGGCCUGGCCCCUACCUCCUGUUUCCAUCAUUUUGAUCUUGUGGGACUCGGGCUGGGGGAGCAGAGCUGUGCCUCAGCUGUCCCUGCAGCUCUUAGACCCUCGGUGACCCCUUCUUUCUCCAGGGGAACAGGCAGGAAGACAACCGUGCUGAAAUGUGAAAUGUGAUGGGGCUCCUACUUGACAUUUCCUUUUUAUGUAUGCUGUUCUGUUACACUAUCCAUAAGAGAAAACUCGGUUUUAUAGUUACAUUUUCAGAUGUUGUGUAUAAGAACAUAACUGUUUUCAUGGGUUUCAACUAGACAUAAUAAAGUCCAAAGUUUUACAUUGCU